AUGUUCUUAUGGGGGAAAGUGUUCUUAUUAUACUUGUUUUUCCUUUUCUGCAUUUCCCAUGGUUUUCCUUUUCACACCACACAUGGCGGUAGCGGAACGCCUUGUCAUCACCAUAGCGGAAUUUGCCUUUAUCAUGAGGGUGUGGUGAAUCCCCCUUGUUCUUUGUUCACGGUGCGGGCCAUCCAACAGCACCUUUUAUUCGGUGGGACGCGGCACCAUGUCAUGAGGGGAACGGGGAAGGGUGAUCUUUGCGGAAUACCUUUCAAACCCAUCUCACUCAGCGUUGAAGUUGGGAAAGCAAGAGUUUUCCACUAUGCCCAACCCCACUCAUUUUAUAAGUGA